GCCAAUACCAGCUUCGUCUCAGCGCAAUGGCUUAUGGGAAAAUCGUGACGUUAAUCAUCUGCUUCCUCUUUGUCUUAAAAGACGAGUCAUCAACAUGGUUCAAUCAGCUUCUUCUACGACAGUCGGAUCGGGCAGAUCCGGCUCAAAAUCGGUUACCCCUCGUUCGUCUGGCGGAACACAAGUAAAACAAAGGAAAGGUGGAAGUGCUGCCCCUGCAGCAAGAACUCGAUCAGCAGCCAGUAGUAGUGGAAUGUGGAGAUUUUACACUGAAGAUUCCCCAGGACUCAAAGUUGGCCCUGUUCCUGUGUUGGUCAUGAGUUUAUUGUUCAUUGCUUCAGUCUUUAUGCUUCACAUCUGGGGAAAAUAUACACGUGGAUAACUGAUGACCACAAAUGCAAUCCACCUUUCAAAUUUCAGUUAGACGUCACAAGAUCUUAAUGUCCAAUUGAUACUGUCUUGCAGUAAUGUGAAUGUAACUUGUUUUCUUUUACAUAUUUCAUUGUAAAUCAAGUACUUAUAGGAACCUCAAUAAAGAAUAAAACUUUUUCAGUUU